ACCUCACUUCUCUCCCACGCUGCCUCCUCCCUUCUCCUCUCCUCUGCUCUCACAUCACACGCGUCCCAAAAGCAGGACAAGGAAAAAAGCAGCUCCGGCGCCAUGGGCAAGGACUGCGGCAACCACGGCGAGGACAACGUCCGGCAGGCGUGCCGGCGCGUGCUGGCCUUCCUCUUCUUCCUCGCCCUCGUCGUCGGCUUCAUCGUCCUCAUCGUCUACCUGGUCCUCCGCCCCACGCACCCGCGCUUCUUCCUCCAGGACGCCUCGCUCCAGCAGCUCGACGCCCUCACCGCCAACUCCUCCGCCGCCGCCGGCAUCCUCUCCACCACCCUCCAGGUGACCAUCGCCUCCCGCAACCCCAACGACCGCGUCGGCAUCUACUACGACCGCCUCGACGUCUACGCCUCCUACAAGUACCAGCAGAUCACGCUGGCCUCCGCGCUCCCGCCGGUGUACCAGGGCCACGGCGACGUGGAGGUCUGGUCGCCGGUCCUCACCGGCCCCGGCGUCCCCUUCGCGCCCUACCUCGCCAGCUCGCUCGCCACCGACGUCCAGGCCGGGACCCUCGUCCUCCAGGUCAAGAUCGACGGCCGCGUCCGCUGGAAGGUCGGCAGCUGGAUCUCCGGCCACUACCACAUCUUCGUCACCUGCCCGGCCUACCUCACCAACGUCGGCGGCAACGGCGCGCCGGGCGCCAGCGGGCUCAGGUUCCAGUCCGCCACCUACUGCCGCGUCGAGGUGUAAGCCA